AUGUUGGACCUAGAUCCAUUAUACAUAGGAUACCAACAACCAAUAGUGGGACGUAAAUUAAAAUGGCUUAGGUUAGAGACUAGUACAGAUGAAGCUACAUAA